AUGGAGUCUGUCAUUGGUCCAAGAUUCAUAGCACAGGAUAUUUCUUUCUGGAACACUGCUGGUCCAGAAAAUUGUCAAGCAUUGGCACUCAAAUCUGACUCCGACUUCUCUGUCUUUUAUAGAGUUGAGGUUUCUGGUCAUCAAGAUAGUUUAUGUGUCAACACUAAUCGUCAGUUUUAUAGAGAGUGUAAAAUUAGUGGCUCGGUUGACUUUAUCUUUGGAUAUGCCACCGUAGUAUUUCAAAAUUGUACAAUAUUAAUUAAAAAAGGGAAACCAGGACAAGAAUACACAAUCACGGCUCAAGGAGGAUACCUAGGAAUACCAAGUGGAUUUUCGUUUCAAUUUUGCAAUAUAUUAGCAGAUUAUGAUCUUUUACCCUUAAUUAAUUCAACCUCAGCAUUUCUUGGUAGACCAUGGAAGCAAAAUUCUACAACAAUUUUUAUGCAAUCAAACAUAAGUAAUGUGUUGAGUCCGAAAGGUUGGUUAGAGUGGGAAGGUGCUCCCGAAUAUUUAGAUACAUUAUUUUAUGCAGAAUAUAUGAAUUAUGGGCCAGGAGCUAACACAACAAAACGAGUGAAAUGGUCAGGCUAUCAUUUAUUGAAUUCUUCUCAGGCUAAUAACUUCACGGUGGCCAACUUUAUUUCGGGAGAUCAAUGGUUACCUUCAACAGGAAUACCGUUUACUAGUGGAUUAGAGAAUCAAAUUAUCACUUAA